CCCUGCGAUCUACCACAGUCAGCACAAACGGCGCUGCUGACCUCUCCGCCACCGCGAAUCAGGCGACUACAGCCACUGGCCAGAGCCUCACGCCAAGCCUGGAAUCCAUUUACGUGCCCGCCACCCUGGUUGCCGAGGCCUACGCUGUCGCCUCCAGUGCAAUGGCUGCUAGC